AUGGAGAACAGGAAACUGACGUGGCAGAGAACACUUCAACGACAGAUUAUCGGAGCGCAAAAUUGGAAUUUGCCAGCUGACGCGUUGCGGCCCACGGCCGCCGCGCGGCCGUUUCGCCAUGGGGCACACUUGCUAAAUAUAUUUUUCGGCUCUCGCGAGUCUGGUUUUUUUUUAAUAUUUCGUUUUUAUGUUUUCUAAUUCUUAUACAGAAGUUUUCAGGUGAACAAGUAUGUAGUAGGCGGAGAAUUAUGGGAGGAGGCGUUUCAGUACUUCACCGACGAACUCGAAGACAUGUAGACCUCGAAAAUAGGUACGUUUUUUAUUCUAAAUUGUUUUCACUUCAAGUCCAACAUAGAACUCCAACGCCUUCUACUCCACGCCGUACAUUGAACAACGGUUUGACGUUGCUCCAAAACGCGACAUGCCGUUUCAAGAUCUCGUUUCAAAGUUAGAGUGUUCAAAUUUUAUAGUUGGAUGUUUUAAAUUAAGAGAAAACGGGGCUCUAAAGACUACACGAAGCCUUUUCGAGAGCUGAUUUGCAACUGGCCUCUGACUGACGUUGAAGCACUAUUGGAGGUCUCCAAUUUUGUUUUAUAAAUUAAAAAUGAUGCGGUUAUUCUAGGAAUUCGAGGCUAAUUCACAACUGUACAGUUUGCAACAAGAAUGCGACGCAGCAAGACAAGCAGAAAUUAACUUCUCGGAUCAUUUUUCAGCUUCAAGGACGAGUCUAGCUAACUUGAAAAUUAUUUUCAAGGUGGGAGUUUUGAUAAAGUUCAAAAAGAAGUCAGAUUUUUUCAGGAUCAAACUUUUGACGUUCAUCAUCGCUUCAUUUCUUUUCGAUGUAAAUAUUUCAAAGAUUUGUGUGCAACCUCUUCAGAAUUAGAUUUGACUCUACAUUUUGAGGGUGUGGAUGUAGAUGAUUUCAGGUAUGUGGAUUAUCUGAUAAAAAAUGGAAAAUGUUGUUUUAGAAGCUUCAUUGGCUAUGUUUAUACUGAAAAAUGGGAAGGAGAUCGGGAAAAUUUGGAAGAAUUACGGAAAAAAUUCGAGUGCAACGGGGUUUUGGCCGAAGAUUGUGUUUUAAUGGAAAAGGAAGACCUACAGAGUGGUGAUUUAAUAAUCGGCCUGUCGAAUACUGCGGAAAAUAGUUAGUUUUUCCUGAUUUUCGUACUCCAAAUAAACAAUUUUAUUCAGAAACCCCUUUUCAACCUUACAAAAUCCGAUGUGAUGCUAGCAUCGUAGGAGCCAGAAGCCAGUUGCUUCAAUCUCUACUAGCUCGAGCUCCGAAAAACGAACUGGACCUGACGGAGAUCACCUUGGACGAGAAUAUUUUCCCUCGCGCCUUGGCCCCACUAUUUGUUCAUUUUUUCUACACGGAUCAGCUUGAUUUAAACAUGGUUUGAAAAAUAAGGAAACAUCAGCAGAAUAAGUUUUUUUUUUGAAGAUAUCAAAGUCGGACAUGUCUUUAUCAUCGUUAUCCGAAGCGCAGGCGAUCAUUUCGGGAAGGUCUCCGAAUUUGAACCUUCAUCGGGCCUUGCAAGUGAUGCAGGUCGCCAAGUUCUUCAACAUUGAGAAGCUUGUUCAGUGUAGGUUUUUCAGACAAAUAAAAAUAAAACCUGAAUAAAACCGAAAGAUUAGUUUUUAGUGUGCGAAGACGUCGUUGUUCAGUCCCUAUCAGUAGAGAACUGCGUCGCCGUGUUGAAUUGGGCUAGUGAUGGCGGUUCGAAAUUCGUGGCUCGUCAUGCUUUGAGGUUUUUGAACGCAGAAAACUAAAAAAUUAGAGAAAAAAACUUGUAGUAAAAAAAUACAAUUUUUUUUCAAAAUGGGCCAGAGAAAAAAAUUUUUUUCUCUUUUUUUCAGUAUGGGAAGAACAAAAAAACGCUGAGCUUUCAAGCCUUGAAAGCUCAAUAACUUUUUGAAAAUCAAAUGAAAAGGCUUUAAAAUUAUCGAGCCUGAAUUUUUAGAAAAAUUUUCGCGAGCUCCUAGAGCAUACUCUUUGUUUUGCGGCAGUCCUUCAAAUAAAUAAUUUUUUUAUAAAAAAACUUCAAUAAAAUAAUUGGUUUCUUGUUAACAACUGAAAAAGACAGAUAACCCUAGAAUACAGGUAAAAAAAAUCGAAAAUUGUAGCUUUAAAUGUCAGUUUAACGCUGAAAAUGACGCGAAAGAAGAUCGAAAUUUCGAAAAUUCCGUAUUCUGGAGCAUUUUUACAGAAAAAAAAGCGUUUUCUAAAGCUCUUUCACUUUGCCGAAAGAAUUAAAGGGAAGAUUUAAAGGUUUUUUGGGCUAUUUUUCCACUCAUUUCCCAUUUUAGUUUUAAUAAUCCAUGUUUUUUUCAAACAAAAAUUUAUGAUAUAAAAAUUAUUCUCUUAAUGUAAAAAGUAUUAUUCCAGGAUCGUAGAGCGGGAAUUUCCGAAAAAAAUUGUCAAUACUCCGAGUUUAUUCGAUCUGUCUCAAGAAACGAUGCUCACAAUCACAGCCAGCCAAUUUGUACAGGUAUAAAUUCAAAAUCUAAACUGAAAAAUAUGAGGAGGAAGAUUUCCAAGAGUUAUAUCUGAAGAUUCUUCGUUUUCAAGGCUCUUGAAUGGAAUUUUUAUAAAAUUCUCAAGGUUUCCUUCAAGUUAAGGAAAGCCUAGAAAAAUAUUUCGAAAUCUUAGAAAUAGAUGAAAAAGUAACGCUCGAUUAAAAUAUUUUCGUCUCAUUUUAGAGAAAGUUUGAGAAUUUCAUAUCAUCUUUUUCGGAAACGCCAGAGUGGUCCUUAUAGGGGUUAGGGGGGAAACAGCCCCUAUAGGGGACAAAAAAGUACAAAAAUUAAAAAUACAUCUUCUUUUGAUAAUUAUUCAAGUUUUUCUUAUAGAGUUUCUCACAAUAAUCGUCCAGCAUGUCCCUAUAGGGAUCACUGACAUGAAACCCUUAUAAGGACUUUUUUUUUGCGAGCUUUAGUGGCCCCUAUGGGGGGAGGUUGGGUAGUCCUUCAGGGGGACCAUCCCUAAUGUUGCCCCUCUAGGGAAAACUCUGAAGUUCCUAAGUUCUUACCCUAAUUCCUUAAGGUCACCGAAGUUGAACUCCUCGAAGCGAUCAUCAAGUGGGGAGAGCAUGAGCUUCUGAAACGGCUCGAGGCGGGAUAUUCGGCAACUUCCUUUCGAAAUAUGUUUUUUAGGAGAGAGAGCCGAAUAUUUUGGCCGACACGUGCCACUCGAUCAGUAGGAGGGGAUUACGACGUGCUGAGCUAUCAGGUAAAAUGUUUGAAUAAAUGAGAAAAUAAAUUAUAUUGUUAUAGGAGACGAACUAAAAGACAUUCUGCGGCCCUUUGCUGGCAAAUGUUCGCACUGA